UUGGGGGCACCUUUUUGGAAUGGCUAAAGCCAUACUUCUGAUAAAACAGAUGUGAUCCAAAAGUGGUUUCUUUAGGCAGACAAGCCUAGCUGGGUGAAAAAUUGUGCUGUUCCUUUUUGUCUCUACAGGGCGCCUUCUCCCAUAUCUCACAUGCCAUUUCCUUAGAGGAAAAAGGGUGCUUCCUCUGCCACUCCCUGUUCCACAUCAGGAAACCUGUAGGAUUGCCAGGGAAGGACUCUACAGUGGCAAAUCUGAUUAACACAAAACCAAAUGGAUGCUUGACUUUACGGUCAAAAUUUACUUGGCUGAUUCAAACUAGCUUUGUCUUAACCAUGCUAUAGAAGAAAAAACAUGAUGCCAAACAGAGGUAACCUUUCCUCCUUCCAGAGCAUUGCAUCAGAUUCCAGUAAGAUUAUGGCAGAGUACAGCCACAUACAAAACCAGCUGGAAUUACAAAAUACUAGUUUAGGAAAAAGCUCUGUGAUGAAUUCCUUUGAAAAUGAUCUCCAGGAUAUUAUGGAUAGCCUCAACCAGAAGAAAUAUUCAUCGAGCCUUAAAUUUAAAACAAAUGGGGACUCCUCUGGUUCCUAUUUAACGCUAUCACAACCUGUGCCAGCUAAACCCAGCCCUUCAUCUAGUGUUAAAAAUAUACACUCCGCUACCAAAAUUCAAGGAUGUAAACCCUUUUCUUGUGAGAGCCCUUAUCUUUCAGAUAAAAGUGUCUCCGUAAAGCAUAUGGGUUCCACUUCUCCAUCCUCCAGUGGGUACAGCCUAGGAAGGACAGACUUUGAUAUUCAUGCCAACAGAGAAAAUGAAAAACUCUUUGGACAUGUGGAUAAGUUUCACUGUUCAAAAUAUAGUCAAAAAAAUAAAUCGUAUGACAAUGUCUUCUUCCCAGCAGUGCUGGAUGGGAAGAAGAACUCAGGCUCUCUUCUUGCAAUGUGGAAUGGAAGCUCAGGUAGUGAAAUAAUUCUUUCACCUGUUAGCAGUUCAGGGGCCGCAAGCAUGCCCUCCAGUCCAAAACAAGGCAGGAGGAUGAAUAUUCAAGACCACCUAACUCUUCAUUCAAGACCAGUUAAGCAUAAGGAGGCCAUGCCUGAGACUCUGGGUUCAAGAACUAGGAAGUAUUCUGGUGGGUCACUGGGUCAUAUGGGAGUUUAUAGUCGUUCUCUGCCCAGACUGUACAAAUCGACAGAAAGCCAGCUGAUGCCAUUAAGUUUGCCUCCAAGAAACUCUCUUGGUAAUUCCAAAAGAAAAAAACACGGAGAAAAAGAUCUACCUCAAAGUGCAUUAGAUGCUGAUAAUUAUCUUAAUUUUUCUUCUUGCAGCUCAGGGGUGUCACCAUAUACGAAUUCUGUGUCUGACAGUAAUUCCUAUGUUAGUUCAACUUUUAGUGUUCCUGCAAGCCCCCGAAUGGCCAGGAAAAUGCUUUUAGCAUCUUCCUUCUCCCAUGUUUCUGAUGAUUUUGAUAGAUUUGGACUCUCAGGGACAAGCCCCAGUAAUUCUUUUCCCCCUGUGGAUCUUGACAGAACAUUCUCUGUCAGAAGAAACAUUUCCACUAGUUCCAUGGAGUUUGAUGAAACUGACCUGGAAAGCUUCAGACAGACACCUACCUUACGGGAGAGAAAGAACAGUAUUAGUUCAAUUUCUGGAAGAGAUGACCUAAUGGACUAUCACAGGAGACAAAGGGAAGAGAGGCUUAGAGAGCAGGAGAUGGAACGACUGGAGCGACAGCGGCUGGAGACCAUCCUCAACUUGUGUGCUGAAUAUUCCAAACCUGAUAGCGAUCCUGCUGCUGCUACCACUGUUGCUGAUGUUCAAAAAAUUAAUAAAGAACUGGAAAAACUUCAGCUGUCAGAUGAAGAUUCUGUAUUUGAAGAUUCUCAAAUGAAUCCAGAAACAAGAUUUAGAAACCACUUGAAAUCGUCAGCAAGUGAUUCUGAUUUCUCAGAGUGUAGUAAUCUCAAUCGAAGUGUUGCCACUUUCCUUACCUCUAGAGGGAUUAGAGCUGAUGAACACUUAAGUGACAAUAUGAAGACUCCAGCUUUAGCAUCUUCUGCCUUCUUGAAGGGUUCCAACGAGUCUUCUUACCUAAGUAUCAUACCAAAGACACCAGAAUGCACAAGUGAUGAGCAAAGAGGGCAGGAGCUUGGUCGGCUGGAGGAAGAACACAUAGCAAUACUAAAUAACUUAGAGGAACUUGAACAGAAGAUCAAAGAAUUAAAUGACCAGAUGGAUGAAUCUUCAAGAGAGCUGGAUAUGGAAUGUGCUCUUUUGGAUGGGGAACAGAAAUCUGAAACAACUGAACUUCUGAAAGAGAAGGAAAUAUUGGAUCAUCUGAACAGGAAAAUAGCUGAGCUGGAGAGAAAUGUUAUUGGUGAAAAGACAAAGGAAAAAAUAAAGCUUGAUGCUGAAAGGGAAAAACUAGAGAGGCUUCAGGAGCUUUACUCCGAGCAGAAGACCCAGCUUGAUAAUUGCCCUGAAUCCAUGAGGGAACAGUUACAGCAGCAGCUGAAGAGGGAUGCUGAUCUGUUGGAUGUAGAAAGCAAACACUUUGAAGAUCUGGAGUUUCAGCAACUUGAACAUGAGAGCAGGUUAGAUGAGGAGAAAGAGAACCUGACACAGCAGCUCCUGCGUGAAGUAGCUGAAUAUCAGCGCAGCAUUGUCAGUAGAAAGGAGAAGAUUUCUGCUCUCAAAAAGCAAGCCAAUCAUAUCGUCCAGCAGUCACAGAGGGAACAAGAUCAUUUUGUAAAAGAGAAGAAUAACUUAAUAAUGAUGCUGCAAAGAGAAAAAGAGAAUCUUUGUAAUCUGGAAAAGAAAUACUCUGGACUUUCUGGAGGAAAAGGAUUUCCUGUCUGUCCCAGCAGUCUAAAAGAGGGUUAUAUCAGUGUAAGUGAAAUUAGUGAGCUGUAUGGCAAUUCCACGAAUAGAUCCCCUUCCACUCAGCCCCCCACAGAUGCUGACGCUGUUGCCACUGAGCCUUCCACGGCUGUGCUGGCGAGCCAGCCACAAAAUAAAGAGCACUUUAGAAAUCUGGAAGAAAGAAAGAAACAGCACAAGGAGGGCACAUAUUUGAGUGAUACUCUACCCCGCAAGAAAACCACUCCCUCUGUAUCGCCACACUUCAGUAGCGCUACUCUCGGACGAAGUGUUACUCCUAAAGGUCAUUUACCACUAGGACAGAGCAACAGCUGUGGCAGUGUACUUCCUCACUGUCUGGCAACCAUAACCAAAGAGUCUGAAUCAAGAAGAAUGCAUAAAGGAGCAAUUAAUCAUUCCAAAGGUACAAGUAUUAAAGGGUAUAAUCAUCAACAUGUAUGUGAAGAACAAAGGCAGAAAUCUCCUGAAUUCUACAGCAGAACUGCAUCUGAAUCUAAUGUGUAUCUGAAUAGUUUCCAUUACCCCGAUCAUAGCUACAAGGACUAUGCAUUUGAUACAUUAAGCUUAGACAGUUCUGACAGUAUGGAGACCAGCAUAUCUGCGUGCUCCCCUGAUAAUAUUUCCAGUGCCAGCACUUCAAAUGUUGCAAGAAUAGAAGAGAUGGAAAGACUUCUGAAACAAGCUCAUGCUGAAAAGACACGACUGCUUGAAUUCAGGGAACGGGAAAUGGAAGCCAAAAAACGAGCCCUGGAAGAAGAAAAGCGUCGCAGAGAGCAACUAGAAAAAAGAUUACAAGAAGAAACUAGCCAGCGGCAAAAAUUAAUUGAAAAGGAAGUCAAGAUACGUGAGAGACAAAGAGCACAGGCCCGCCCCUUGACUCGCUACUUGCCAAUCAGAAAGGAAGACUUCGAUCUACGAGGUCACAUCGAAACAGCUGGUCACAACAUAGAGACCUGUUACCACAUCUCACUCACGGAGAAGACCUGUCGAGGCUUUCUGAUUAAAAUGGGAGGGAAAAUUAAAACAUGGAAAAAACGGUGGUUUGUUUUUGAUAGAAGCAAGAGAACAUUUUCUUAUUAUGCAGACAAGCAUGAAACUAAAUUAAAAGGAGUAAUAUAUUUCCAAGCCAUUGAAGAAGUCUAUUAUGAUCAUCUAAAGAAUGCAUAUAAGAGUCCUAACCCAUUACUCACUUUCAGUGUUAAGACUCAUGACCGAAUAUAUUACAUGGUUGCUCCAACUCCAGAAGCCAUGAGGAUAUGGAUGGAUGUUAUAGUUACGGGAGCAGAAGGCUACACCCACUUCAUGUUAUAAUAAAAUGGUGCAAAAGGUCAUUCACAAGGCAUAUUGCAAUAACCUUAUUCAUGAAUUUAGCCAUAUGCAAGUGAAUUUGAAAAGCCAUAUACAAUAUUGGUAACUGUCACAAGAAUUCUCCCUAUGAUGUGCACACAAACUCUCAAAAUCAAAAGAUUUUAUACACACAAGUGAAAGUAAGACUAUUUGUUUCUUUUAGUUGAUCAUUAUAGUAGCAAAAGAACUAAAGCUAUUGAAAGUGUCAUAGUGUUCUAACAUUGGUAAUCAAGUCAACUUAAGUAUGGUAUAUUGAUUCAGUAGUAAUUUCUUACAAAUUCUAUAUAGAAGAUGUCUUCAAAAAUACAAACUGAACAGUUUACAGAAUUGUUUGUGUGUGCUCAUUGGUAUGCAAACAUUUUAGUAACGGAACAGAAAGGUAUAAUAGCAUAUAUUUUUAAUAUGCAGUAUUUGACAUUUAUAGAUAAUUAGAUGGCUUUUAAAAAUUUUUACUUACGUAUUUUAUAAAAAAAAAAUAAAAAAUAUGAAAAAAACAAACACACCAGCCUACAAUACAUGUAUUUCUUGUCUUAGUAUUUUAAAAUAUUACUACAGAGCCAAAGAUUUACAUGAUUUCUGUGAAAGAAUGAACUCAAAUUGUGAGCUGCGAUUUAGCUUUGUGUAAUGGAACAAUGCCAAAAUUCUUCCUAAAUUUUAAUAAUUCAAUUGCAACAGUAUUCUGUACACUUAAAUUACCAGUUGUACAAACUGCAUGUAUAAAGUCAUUUACAUAAAGCACAACAAAGAAGCAAUAGCUUCACAAAGGUGGUCUCUCUGACAAGGUAAAACUGAAUGGAGACAAGAGUAGCAAACUUAACUUUGCCAUACGUUUUCUACAUUCUCUCUGCAGGAAGCAUUGAACUGAUUCUCUCUCUGGUUCCUGUAACAAUUUCUGUUGUAUGAAGUUCAGUCUUGCCAUAGAUAUGAUUCUAGUCUAAAGUUAACAUGUGCUGAUUGAACACCCCACUGAAAUCAAUGGGUGAAAUCCUUGCCCAAUUGAAGUCUGCAUGAAAACUCCCAUUGACCUCUGACAGUGAGACUGUUCAAAGUAUACAUCGGUGUAGAAUUUCGCCAUAUGAUAGGGUAGAGCACAAAGAAAGGCAAGUUGUGAGAGCACAUAUUAAAACAGUAAUAUAAAUACAAACUUUUAAGUAGCAAACACAGCAAAAACCUAUUUUUUAAUGUAUGCUCCUUGUAAAUGUUCUCCCAUUUAAAAACUGCUUUCUAGCCCUUGACUAUUAUUAUAUAAAAAUAAAUUAUUAUUGAAUGAAACCUGGACUUCAGGCAAAUCUCCAAACAGUUCCUUAGUUUAGUAUUCUGGAUUUGAAUGUGCCAUAUUGUUCAUUUAAUUAAAGAAACCACACUAAAAGCAAAGAAGAAAGUGGCUUUUGAUUAAACAAAUGAAAAUCUGAAAGCAGAAUACUUUAUGCUUGCAGAAAAUGUUGCACUUUUAAAAUCCUAUAUCUGGCAUGAAUGGGUAUGAAAUUUUUUUUUUUUUUUUGGUGUGGUAGCACAGGUCACAUGAUUGCUCUAGAAUUAUUUUAUUCGUUUUGACGUGCAACAGAUUUGACAGUAUGAAUCGGGAAAGAUGGAACUGUUAUCACCAGGAGUAAUUUUUAUCUUUAAUUUCUGUGCAGAUUACAGCUAUAAGAAAUUUGUAAUCUAAUGAUUUUAAAAC